AUGCCGACUGUACGCGAAGCGAUCGCUGCAGUCGACGGAGAGACUGAGGCCUCGAUUUCUCCUAUACUCGAAGUUCUUGAAAGGGAGGGUUACGAUGUGAGCGCUGAGGCAGGAGGCGCAUUUCGUCGUCUCGACGUAAAUGACCUGCGAGCGCAACUUAACCUCCGGCAACGCAACGCCCUGAAGGAGGCAAUCGUUGCUGCGGCAAUUGCUGCCCCGCCACCGGGUCCCAGCUCUGGUGUGGUGGAAGUUGGAGCCAGCGCUAAAUAUGAAACCGACACAAGUUCCCGCUACAUCCGCGAGAUGCUGCCAUCACUGACAUCACGGCUAUCACUGGGCUCUUUUCCGGCUGUAACAGAUCUUCGAAGCUUCCUGGAAGGGCCCUUGGCCCGGAAGCUGCCAGUGCACAAAAGGCUUGGCAUCAUCCAGCAGGAUGUCGACAUCGCGGACUACAUCACCCUGGAUGAAGAUGAUGUUAAAACUGCACAUGCUCUGUCGACCGUUGUCGAACUGGCACUCAUCGGGGGAUCUGCAGGCGGCACAUCAGAGUAUAAAACUGCCUUCAAGGUUGCGCUUGUCGUGGAUAUGCCGCUUGAGCUCGCCGCACGUGCCCUCAACCUGAACGUGUCUCAGGACCGCAACGUGAAGGACACAUCUGGUGCCACAGUUCAACGGAAACGGCCUGACUACGUCUGCUGGAUAAAUAACGCCCUACUAUUUAAGGGCGAGGAUAAGGCAUCGGCAUCAGGCAUGCAGGUGGCCAUUAAAGAGCUAUCGGACAAGAUGGCACGCACGUGGGUGCCAGAGCUGCUGCCUGGCGUCAGCAUGCCGUGCAUGAUAGCCUACGCGGCUGCUGGUACCAUGCUCCAGUUCUUUUCCAUCCGGAACAGUGGUAAAGUUGAAGUUCGCCCAAUCAGCAGUCUCUACGAUCUGAGCACGCCCUUGGGGCGCAUCCGAGCCUUGCACUGCACAUUCAACAUCGUGCGCCUGCUGGCGUCGUACGCGCCACACGCGCCUAAGAUUCCGGUCGCCCUCGGAAGCGAGAUUCAAUCCAAGGGUCCUCGUGGAGAGCUCCUCCGUACCAUCAGAUUCUUUGAAGAUUUUGUACAGAAGCGUGUCUAUAAUUUCGAGGAGCAGCAUUCUGGUGUUAACGAUUACAGCCUUCUCAAGGAGCUGUACACCAAUGCCGCGCUGGCGCAGUGCCCAAACCUUGUACGGCUCCACUCAUCCAAUGACAUGGACGCCAUCCACCUAGACGGCAAGACGCUGGUGCUGCACUUGGUGCCCCAGGGCUUGCCGCAGUACGGGCCGCCCGGGGACGAGGCCAGCCUUAAGCAGGCGAUCCGGGACGUGCUCACUGGCAUUGAGUCGCUCCAUGCAGCAGGCUUCGUGCACCGGGACAUUCGCUGGGCCAAUGUGAUCAUGGUGCCAGGCUCAGCACCCAACGUGGCGGAUAAGUUCAUCCUGAUUGACUUGGAGCACGCCGGGCGGGCUGAGAGCUCUCAGGACUGCCGCCAGUCACCCUUUCCCCUGGCGACGUGGC